ACCCACAGCAGCGGACUGUUUGGCUCCAUAUUGGAUGACUUUUUCUUAGAAAUACAUUAAGGUCUGGCUGCGAACACAGUCCAACCUGCGGCCGACACACCGGCUCUGCUCCGCGGCUCAGGUGUGAGAGAUGUAUCCGACAAACGGGACUCGCGCUCCGGCUUCAUUCCCUCAGUUUUAACGGGGCUCAGAAAUUAGGUUAGAGACGCACCUGAAGAGCGGAGCCAAAAGUGGUAUGCAGGCCGAGGAAGAAAUAAUUGGAUUGAGAUAACGCAACACAGGCAGUGAUGAUGUUCACACUCACCGAGGUUGCGUCGUUGAACGACAUCCAGCCAACAUAUCGCAUCCUGAAGCCAUGGUGGGACGUCUUCAUGGACUACCUCGGGCUGGUCAUGCUCAUGCUGGCCAUAUUCGCCAUGACCAUGCAGAUAACCAAGGACCAGGUGGCCUGCCUUCCUUAUCUGGAGGACGCAGAGGAGGCCUCGGGACCUUCACCCACGCAGAGUGCGCAGGAAGCAGCCGCGUCUGCAGCCACCGGGGCCCCUGUGGUGACCUCCAUCCCCCUGGUCACCAAGGACUUACCGGAUCGAGCUGUUCAUGAGAUCCACGUCACACAUCAACACACUGCUGUGGAGGGAAACAAAUACAUCAAUCAGCCUCACCCAACAGGGGUCAAAACCAACUUGGACUAUCAGCAGUAUAUCUUUAUCAACCAAAUAUGCUACCAUGUUGCCUUGCCCUGGUACUCCAAAUACUUUCCAUAUCUCACCCUAAUUCACACUAUUGUUCUCAUGGUCAGUAGCAACUUCUGGUUCAAAUAUCCUAAAACCAGCUCAAAGAUUGAACACUUUGUUUCCAUUUUGGGAAGAUGUUUUGAGUCUCCCUGGACUACAAAGGCUUUGUCUGAAACAGCUUGUGAGGACUCUGAGGAGAACAAACAGAGGUUGACCGGCACCUCGUCUGCACCAAAGCAGGUAUCAUCAGAAGAAAAGGAGGAAAACACAACUCCAAACUCAUCCACACCCAUGCUCGGGGUGAAGUUCUCUGCAGACAAGCCCAUCGCAGAGGUCCCGAGUAGUAUGACAAUCUUGGACAAAAAAGAUGGAGAGCAAGCCAAAGCUCUGUUUGAGAAAGUGAGGAAAUUCAGAGCUCACGUGGAAGAUAGUGACUUCAUCUACAAGCUUUAUGUAGCUCAGACAGUUGUCAAAACUGUCAAGUUUAUUUUGAUAUUGUCCUACACUUCAACAUUUUUGGUUGAAAUCCACUUUAAACAUGAAUGUCUACCUGGCAUUAAACAUCUAACAGGAUACAGAAAGUUCUUCUGCACACACAACAUGGCUUUCAUGCUCAAUAAGCUGCUUAUUAGCUACAUGGCAUUGAUACUGCUGUAUGGGAUGGCAUGUUUGUACUCUCUCUUUUGGGUGUUUCGACGACCUCUGAAAGAGUACUCAUUUGAGAAAGUGCGAGAAGAGAGUAGCUUUAGUGACAUUCCUGAUGUCAAGAAUGACUUUGCAUUCCUUUUACAUAUGGUUGACCAGUAUGACCAACUCUACUCCAAGCGCUUCGGUGUCUUCUUGUCUGAGGUCAGUGAAAACAAGCUGAGGGAGAUCAGCCUCAAUCACGAGUGGACCUUUGAAAAACUGAGGCAGCUCGUGACCCGUAACGCACAGGACCAGCAGGAGCUCCACCUGUUCAUGCUGUCUGGUCUCCCAAAUGCAGUGUUUGACCUGACUGACUUGGAAGUUCUCAAACUGGAGCUGAUUCCUGAGGUGAGGUUCUCAGCGAAGGUCUCUCAAAUGACCAGUCUCCAGGAGCUGCACCUCUGCCACUGUCCAGCCAAAGUAGAGCAGACCGGUUUCGCUUUCCUCCGUGACCAUCUGCGCUGCCUUCAUGUCAAGUUUACUGACGUGGCAGAGAUCCCUCCUUGGGUUUAUUUACUGAGAAGUUUGAGGGAGCUCAACCUAAUCGGUAACUUGAGCUCAGAGAACAACAAAAUGAUUGGUCUGGAGUCUAUGCGUGAUCUGAGGCAUUUAAAGACAUUAUGCUUGAAGAGCAACCUCACAAAAAUGCCCACAAACAUCACAGAGCUUUCUCCACAUCUGAUUAAAUUAGUAGUGCACAAUGACGGUACAAAACUGCUCGUAUUAAAUAGUCUGAAAAAAAUGACAAAUCUGAUUGAACUAGAGCUGCAUACUUGUGAACUGGAGAGGAUUCCACACGCUAUUUUCAGCUUGACCAACCUGCAGGAACUUGACCUUAAAUCUAACAACAUCAGAACCAUAGAGGAGAUCAUCAGCUUUCAGCACCUGAAGAGACUGGCCUGCCUGAAACUGUGGCACAACAAAAUCAUCACCAUUCCUUCCUCCAUCGGCCAGGUCAAGUCUUUAGAAUCUCUUCACCUCUCUCACAAUAAGUUGGAGUCUCUGCCUCCAGCUUUGUUCACUCUACCUAAACUUCGGCACCUGGAUGUGGGCCACAACUCCAUCACGGUGCUCCCACCAGACGUCGGCCUCCUCCACAAUCUCCAAUACCUCGCCAUCAACUCUAACAAGCUGGAGGUGCUGCCCAAGCCUCUGUUCAGAUGCAACAAGCUGAAGAUGCUGUACGUGGGUCAUAACGCGCUCACCGUUCUGCCCGAAGCCGUGGGUCAGCUGGUGCAGCUCAGUCAGCUGGAGCUCAGAGGGAACUGUCUGGACAGGCUGCCCGCUCAGCUAGGAAACUGCCGGCUGCUGCGAAAAAAUGGCCUGGUUGUGGAGGACCAUCUCUUUGACACACUGCCAGUGGAAGUCAAGGAGAGUAUCAGCCAAGAGACCACCGUGUCUUUUACGAGUGGCUUAUAGCACAGAAACCACAAGGAAGACCCAGAUGGGCCAACAGCUUACAUGGUUUAAGACUAACCUGAAUAAUCACAAGACAAAACAGACUUUUCAUAUUGUUAUUUAGGGCUGUGUGAUAUGACGGAAGCCUCAUUUCCCAAUACAGGUCACUAGAGAACAGUACAGACCACAUCAUAGCACAAGUUCAGCAAAUAGGUCUCAAAACCACCACAAGGAAAAGUACAUUUCUGACUGCAUCUUGAUUUAUGCACUUGACAUUAUCUUCCUUCUUUGAGAGCCUUUGUAUGAAUUUUCACAUAAGCAAAAUAUGAUAUUAAUGUAAAAAUAUAACAAAAUAAAUAGAAUAUUGAGGUUGACUUAUAGUAGUUUUGAGGACAGUGUAAUAACAGCAGCUUGAAACACCCUCCAAAAUUUUAAUACUGGAAAUGUAUAACAUGUAGGUAUUUAACUAUGGUGGAGUUAAUUAAAAACUGGAUAACUGAUUAACUGAAGAGCCAGAAGUAAUAAAUUAAAAAAAAAAAGAAGUAAAUUUGGAUUUCCAAACAUCAAACUCAGAAUAAUAAAUUUAUAGGUAAACAUUAAACUGAGCAUAAAGAAUCUAGAAGGAUGCAGUUUUGUUUGUUUAAGUGAGUGCUUUUACUCAAAGUCAGUAAGAAGCUGAGAUGUUUGAUUAUUAAUUAUUGGUUCAAGUUAAGAUUAAUUUACCAAACAGAUUGAUAAUACAGAAAUCGCUGUUUAGCUAGUGCUGCAAACAAACUAAAUUACUUAAAUAUGAUUACAAAUUAAUAAUAACAGUAGAACUCUUUGAACUGUCACUGAAAUAUUAAAAAGAAAAAAACUAAAUAUUGGUAUAAAAUACCAAAGGUAACCAGAGAUCGGUUUCAGUUUACACAAUAGGAGCAAAAUAAAGCUCAUUGUAGAAAUUAAUAAAAUACAAGUAAGUACACUGCCUGUAUCUGUACCCUGUGGAAGAAUGCAGAUAGAAUAUAGUAAAGUACAUGCAGUAAAGUAAAUUAAAUAUAUAUAUGUUGUAUCUCACAGCCCUACUAUUGAUUUAUUGUAGUUAUUUCCACAGAAAUGAUUGCAUUUUCUUGAUUGUUUUAGUAAGUUGUCUCAGUUACUUGUGUAUAAAAAUGAUUGCUUAGGAUUUAGCUUUAUAUAUUUAACAUUAGAAAAUUGGCUUUGUUAAUGCUCUAUAGACCUGAACAGCUUGUUUCGAUGACACAGUUUGUAGAUUUAUGGUUAUUGUUUUAGAUACUCAGGUAUAAUUGUAACUAUUGGGAACAAUCUUUUGCCUUAACUGCUGCUAUUUUUGUUUUCACAGUGAGGGCUUUUACAAACAAAAGGCCAAAAAUGAGAAUGUUUUCUUGUUAGAUUUCAUAAGGACACAAUCCACAGAACAUUUUCUACUCACAUCACAGAGCAGGACACAAUGCAAUUCUCUUCUGAGUUGUAAUUUCCUUGUCUGUUGACAUCAUGAUUCCUCUCACUGUCUUGUAGCUAACAGAAUGAUUAGUCAAACUCAGGUGGAGACUAAGCACCAGAAAUGAGCAUGUCCUGUUGUAGAGAUUGUAAACUAAGGCCUAUAAUAAUUCAUUUGCACAAUGAAAACGAUGUUUAAGGACUGGUGAACACUGGCGUGAGCUGACUAAAGGGAACUCUGUAUGUUUCUUAAUCAUGUUUUAAAGUUGUGAUAGAACUAGUUAUGAGUAGGAUUGAUUAUCCUACCUGUAAUGACAAUAAACAUGUCUGCCAUUAUUAUUCUUCAUGUAUUUCUAUGUAGGUGUGUAUUAAGUGUUCUUUAGAGCAGCUCUACCACUUUGGUGAUCUUAUGCUCAAAGUUCACAACUUUAUGGCACAAUAAACAUGAAUGUCUAAUCAUUAUCCAUCUACACUAG